UCUUCUUUGCAACUGAAGCUAAAUUUCAGUUAAUUAUAUGAAGAGAAAAUGGAAGAUCCCACCACUGUAGAGGUGGAGGAGAUAACAUUUUUUAAAGGGUUUGAAAUUCUGAAUUAGCUUUAUAGGUCUUCUCUUAUAUUAAUAUACCAAUCAAAGAAGACUUUUCUCCGUAAGCUUCCGCAAUCCCGUUCGAGGAAAGGUCCUUUCAAACCGACGCGUUAAUACUGUUUAGGGAAAAAAUAUUAUUGGUAAUAUUUUUUUCUUUUUCUUAUUGGUUUCUAAUUUUUUUUUUCCAUCUGUUUGGUGAGUCGAUUUCCAGCUGCCUUUUGUUGACUUGUGAUACAUCAUGGUGUGCCCGUUGUCCCGUGGAGUCUCAAGUCUGCUUUCUGAGUUCAUUUUAGAACUUCCAAAAUGAGUAUUCAUAGUGACUGGUCAUGAAUUCUCAAAAUCCGACCAGGAAGCUACAAGAGAGGAAAUUAGUGUACUAGUAUUUUUGGUUGGGGGGCUAUGAAUUGCUUCAUUUUCUCCUAUGCGGAGAAGAAGGAUGAACCGAAGACCCCCAAGUCCGCCUCGGUUCGGUCUUUGGCAUCCUCAUCCAGUGGUCGUGAGAUGAGGAGAUCAGAGUCUGAGUUCAAUUCGCAAAUUGCCUCGGUGAUGAGCACAGAAUCUAUUGGUCGCUUGCCAUUGCCAAGUAUUUCUCAGAAACCCAACAAUCUUAGAGUGUUCGUUUACUCUGAGCUGAAGACAGCCACCAAACACUUCAACAGGACACUCAUGAUUGGGGAGGGAGGGUUUGGUUGUGUUUACAAGGGUGUGAUCAAAAGUUCAGAAGAUCCGCAUAACAAGCUAGACGUUGCUGUUAAACAGCUAAGUAGGAGAGGAUUUCAGGGACACAAGGAAUGGGUAACUGAAGUAAAUGUCCUUGGUGUCGUUGAACAUCCAAACCUUGUCAAACUAGUAGGCUAUUGUGCCGAGGAUGAUGAAAGGGGAAUCCAGCGGCUUCUGGUUUACGAAUAUAUGCCCAAUAGGAGUGUUGAGGACCAUCUAUCACCUCGGUCAUCAAUGACACUUCCUUGGGCCAUGAGACUGAAAAUUGCUCAAGAUGCAGCUCGUGGCUUGGCAUACCUCCAUGAGAAAAUGGAUUUUCAGAUAAUAUUCAGGGAUUUUAAAGCUUCAAACAUUCUGUUAGAUGACCAAUGGAAUGCAAAGCUGUCAGACUUUGGACUGGCGAGGCAAGGCCCUUCAGAAGGUUUAAGUCACGUCUCAACAGCGGUUGUAGGAACCAUUGGUUAUGCGGCUCCAGAAUAUGUUCGAACUGGACGCCUCACAGCAAAGAGCGAUGUUUGGAGCUAUGGAGUCUUCCUCUAUGAACUUAUCACAGGUAGGCGUCCGUUGGACCGAAACCGCCCCAAGAGUGAACAGAAUCUCUUGGAAUGGGUGAAGCCAUACCUAUCAGACGCUAAGAAAUUCCAGCUCAUACUGGAUCCAAGGCUUGAAGGGAAGUACUCCCUCAAGUCUGUACAGAAGCUUGCAGCUGUUGCAAACAGAUGCUUAGUGCGGUAUCCAAAAGCCCGCCCCAAGAUGAGCGAGGUGUUGGAGAUGGUGGAUCAUAUCAUGGCAACAACAGAUGUUGGAAGCCCUCAACUGCCAAGUUGUGUUUUGUCACCAAGUAGUGUUUUGUCAACACCAGGUACUCCAGAAGAAUCCAAGAGGAAAGAAUCCAGCUUGAAGAGAAGGAUUAUAGAUUUAAGAUUUUUUGAAGGUGUGUUGUCGGUUUGGCGUAUGUGGACACCAAAACAUGUAAGAACGUAACGAAUGUUAGCAAAUAAAGGUCCUUUGUACUUCGGUGAGGGCACUUCUGUGAGGUAAGAAGAGAGUUUGGUGACAGAUAUCAUGUCCAUGUGAGGCAUUCCCCAGUCAAGAGUGCACUACUUGCUGUGGGAGUUUCGAGUUGAUAAUGGAGGCUGUUCAUUUGAAACCGAAGUUGCUUCCUGCUUGAACUAUCUUGUGGCUCCAUGUAUAAUUAGUCGAAAGUAACUAACUGCAAUUUGAUGGGAUUUUGUUGUUGUGGUGAUUGUUUGGAAAGUAAAGGGAUCACUAUGUAUCAACUGCCAAGCAAGGUAUUGUCAUCAAAACAAAUCUGAGUGGCUUAUCUGUUUGGGGAAA